AUGGCGCUCCGAAUUAACAUUCCUCCCGCGACCCGUACUUGUCUCGUCAGCCUUAUCACUCUCUCGUUGCUGUACAACAUCGCGCGAUGGCGACAAAUUGACUCAACAGGGAAAACGCCUACCGUGACGCCCAUCGUUCCCUACCUGACCCUCGUCCCGUCGAAAUUCUUCUUCUACCCGUGGACCCUUCUUUCAGCAACGUUCGUCGAGCAAAACAUCUUCACAGUCCUUCUGAAUGCGGCCACUCUCUUCUAUGGCGGAAAAUAUUUGGAACGCGCCUGGGGUUCCAGGGAGUUUGCGAAGUUCAUCGUCGUCAUCGCAGUCAUUCCAAAUGUGGUGGUGGUCUUCACAUAUCUUCUAUGGUCUAUCAUCAGGGGCAGCACAGUGAGCGGCCUUACCCAGAUUUGCGGUGGCAUAUCGAUUCAAGCAUCCUUCCUCGUCGCGUUCAAGCAACUCGUUCCCGAACAUACAGUUACAAUCUUCAAGGGUCUCGUUAAGAUGCGGGUGAAGCAUUUCCCUGCACUGUUUCUGUUGCUGAAUACGAUCAGCGGCGUCGCUUUCGGCACACAGGUUGCCGCGCUCCUCGCGUGGCUGGGUCUACUAGCGAGCUGGUCCUAUCUGCGGUUCUACAAGCGCCAGCCAGAUCUCACGGGCACAUCGACAGACGGUCAAGGUAUCAAGGGUGAUGCAAGCGAGACGUUCGCAUUCGCAUGUCUUUUCCCGGACGUCAUUCAACCACCGAUUGCAUUCGUCGCCGACCAGAUUUAUUCCUUCCUGGUGGCUGUGAAGAUAUGUAUACCUUUCUCGGAGGAAGAUAUCGCAUCUGGAAACCAACAGGUCCUCGCAAGAGGCGAGGCCGGCCUCCCUAGCCUGCUCAACAGCCAAAGAGGUGGAGGGAUGCGUGGCAUGGGAAAACGCGAAGAGGCGGAACGAAGACGGGCGCUGGCUCUCAAAGCACUUGAUCAGAGACUCCAAGCCGCUGCCGCGGGAAGAGCUCAAUCCCAAGCAUCCACGGUUGUUCAGCCUGGGCCUCCCCAAAGCCAUGCUGCUGCACCGACUGUGUCAGCAGGCCAGAGCAUGCUGGGAGAGACUAGCUACACGCCUGACCAUGGGUGA